UCCUUUCGAACAGCCCCACCAAGAUUCUGUUACUACUAGGUUCCUGUCACUAGAUAGAGAAGAAAGAUGAGUUUGGAGAGAAUGGCGACGAGUCGAACGGUGACGGUUGCGCAGGAUGGUUCCGGCGACUACUGCUCUGUUCAGGACGCAGUUGACUCUGUUCCUAUUGGAAACACGUGUCGGACUGUGAUCUGUCUCUCACCGGGGAUUUACCGACAGCCGGUGUACGUGGCCAAGAAGAAAAACUUCAUCACUUUAGCCGGAAUCUUCCCGGAAACAACCGUUCUUACUUGGAACAAUACGGCUUCCAAGAAUGAGCAUCACCAGGAGGCUAGAGUCAUCGGGAAGGGAACGUUUGCGUCCGGGACUGUUAUUGUCGAAGGAGAUGACUUUAUUGCAGAGAAUAUUACUUUUGAGAACUCUUCUCCUCAGGGAUCAGGGCAAGCUGUUGCGGUAAGAGUCAGUGCAGACCGUUGUGCCUUUUAUAACUGUCGGUUUCUCAGCUGGCAGGAUACUUUGUAUUUGCAUAGUAGGAAACAAUAUUUGAAAGACUGCUACAUUGAGGGAAGCGUGGAUUUCAUAUUUGGAAACAGCACCGCACUCUUGGAACACUGCCAUAUCCACUGCAAAUCUCCGGGUUAUAUAACAGCACAGAGCCGAAAAUCGCCUCAGGAAUCUACUGGUUACGUAUUCCUAAGAUGUGUGAUCACGGGCAAUGGUGAGAGUGGGUACAUGUACCUCGGAAGGCCAUGGAGACCAUUUGGGAGAGUGGUCUUUGCGUACACUUACAUGGAUGCAUGUAUCAGAAAUGUUGGUUGGCAUAACUGGGGAAACGAAGAUAAUGAGGAGAGUGCUUGCUUUUAUGAGUACAGGUGCUUUGGUCCGGGUAGUUGUUUGUCUGAACGGGUUACGUGGUGGAGAGAACUGAUGGAUGAAGAAGUUGGACAGUUUUUACAUUAUUGUUUUGUGGAUCCGGAUCAGGACCGGCCUUGGUUGUGUCCGAGAACGGGAGGCCGGACACCUUGCUCGGCGUAAGAGUUACAUAUUAGGGAUAAGAAAGCUCAAGAAAUUAAAACUGUUUUCUUCAUUAAGUUAAUGUGAAUGUACAUGUGAUUCUGUUUAUAUAUACAAAGUAUAAGUUGCCUCCUUAUAGCUGUAUAAGUAUAAAGGCAAUAUGUUCAGUAUGUAUAUCUAAUAGUACUUGAAAAAUUGACACCAAGGCGUAGAAUAACAAAGGAUUUUAUAG